GAGCCCUACAGCAAUCUGAAUAUUUUAUAUUAGUCACCGUCAGCCGCUUCUCCAUGCGUUUCCGACCAUCCCGCUAUGUUUGGCUUUUCCGGUUAAGCGGCUUUACCGGAGGACUGCGUGUGUCAGCGAGCCCCUCCCUCCGACUCCAACCGACAUUUCACAGCGGUGCUCCUUCACUCCUCAGCCGGAAACUCACGAUGCAGUCCGGCCGAAAUGUAACCAACUGCAGCAGCAGCGGCGGCGGCGGCGGCGACAACGGCGAGCUGGACCUGGAUGGACCGGAACUUCCAUCCGGGCCGGUACUUUUCAGCAGCAACAUUCCCACCAUCGUCACAGAACACACGGGACCGCCGGCGGAGAAGAAACGGGUGGAAAGCGCGGUGGUCCUCGGGGAGAGGAAGUUACGGACCCCGAGUCCUCUGUUCGGGGCCAACUGUGAUGACGACUCGGAGGCUGAGGCGUUCCGGGAUGGGAGAAGCGAGGAGGUGGACCGGGACACCAGGUCCAGGGCCUACGCUUGGUGUCGAGACUUCUUGUCCGGUUCGUGGAAGACCCUCCAAGAGCGUGACUUUCAAAUCAGCAUUGUCAGUGGCGGACUGAGUAACCUGCUGUACCUGUGCAGUUUGCCUGAUUAUGUGCACAGUGUGGGAGAGGAACCCCGUCAGGUGCUUUUAAGAGUCUACGGAGCCAUCUUACAGGGAGUGGACUCACUGGUGUUGGAGAGCGUCAUGUUUGCCAUUCUGGCGGAGCGAACAUUAGGGCCAAAACUAUAUGGCAUUUUUCCUGAGGGGCGCUUGGAACAGUACCUGCCGAAUACCCGCAUGCGCACAGAUCAGCUUUCAGAGCCAGGCAUCUCUGCUGAGAUUGCCACCAAGAUGGCACGUUUCCAUGAAAUGGUUAUGCCUUUCAACAAAAAGCCAAAGUGGCUGUUUGGGACCAUUGAUAAAUAUAUGGAUCAAGUGAUGAAAAUUAAAUUUACACGUGACGCCCACGUGAAGAAGUACAAUAAGUUGAUGAAGUUGGACCUGCCUGCUGAGCUCGAGAGCCUUCGUGCAUUGCUGGCGGCGACUCCAUCACCAGUGGUGUUUUGCCACAAUGAUGUCCAAGAAGGUAAUAUUCUCAUCUUGGACAAAAGGGACCACAGUCCAACAGAAAGACUCAUGCUGAUCGACUUUGAAUACAGCAGUUAUAACUACAGGGGCUUUGACCUUGGGAACCACUUCUGCGAGUGGAUGUAUGACUACACCUACAACGAGUGGCCUUUCUUCAAAGCUUCACCAGAGAACUAUCCAACCAGAGAGCAGCAGCUUCUUUUUGUCAGAAGCUACUUGGCAGAACACAGAAAAGACUCUAACGUGGACCAGAGACAGAUGGAAGAGGACAUGAUCAUUGAAGCAAACAGAUAUGCAUUAGCGUCCCACUUCCUCUGGGGCCUGUGGUCCAUCAUUCAAGCUAAACUAUCCAAAAUUGAGUUUGGAUACAUGGACUACUCUCAGUCUCGCUUCGAUGCCUACUUCAAACAGAAGAAGCUCUUCGCCUGAAUUCCACAACUGUAAUCAGAAUGUAUUCGUUUUUAUUGAUAUUCAAGCUUAUCUUCGGUUUCUACCAGGGAUUUUUCCAGCUAUUUCCUACUGAAAUUAUGCAGGUCAGUUCAUGACAAGCUAUGGUUUGAGUAAGUAAAAGCAAAAAUGCAUUCAAAGAUGAAGCCUUUAAGCAAUCAGAUUGUUUUCUGACGCUCCAACGUCCUCGGUGUAAAGUCGAGCUGUAGGUGCAGGGCGAAUGUUAUUUUCAGUCAAUCGAGCCAUUCUUAGAUGCACUUCAUUUCUUUGGACCACAUUUUUACUUUGUUCUGCUUGAGUCUUUAGUUUGCUGGUUUCAUUUCUGAUGUCUUGUUGAUACACACUGUACAUCUGUCACUGUAUGUGUAGUUUCCAGACACUGAACUAAUACUAACGACUUUUUUAAAGAAGGUUUUUCUAUAGCUUGUUGCUUUAAGUGUUUUAGGUUACUCUACCUCACAUUUCCUUUGUGAAGUUUUUCCUGCAUAGGUUCCAGAAGGGCUGACUCUAACGUAUCCUGUGAGGAAAGGAAGUUUUUAAUUUCUGAGUUAACGCCACCCCGUCCAUCACAUGAAGUUUUAUUUGUGUGAAAAUAGUAGAAGGUUGUUUAAUACACUAGCAGUGUAGAAAGUUUAAUGAGCACAAUACUUUCAAAGUUUUUUGUUCUAUUGUUUUUUGUUGCUAUUAACAAUGUACUUUAUCUCCCUCCUGUCACAGUGUGAGUCUGUCUGAUCAAACCUUUUAUUUAAUUGUAAGUUUUGUUUUUCUCUUCACCAAUAACAGUAACUUUGAAUAACCGAAUAUACAAAAAUCUGAACUUUCAUCAGGUCAAAUGUCGUCUCUUUAAAAUUUAAUCUGACACAAGUUCAUGAAUUCAUUAACAAUAGAAAGAUUAAUGUAAAUCUCCCUUGGAUUCAUGUGUUUUUAGCUGUAUUGUUUGAAAUUGGAAGUGAAUUGGAAGUGUUGUUUUUUUUGUUUUUUUUCUAAUUGUUAUUUUCUGGAAGCUGUGCUUAAACUCUUGCGUGAUGAUUUGUCUUUAUUUAAAAUGCCUCCAUGAUAAUAGUGAAGGUACUAAUAUUAUUUACGGUUUCCUCAUGUUUGGUUUACACAUUGCCGCAUCAGUACAAGUAAGAAUCAACCAUUCAUUAAAUAUCAAACUGUUGGCAGCGUCUGUCGAUUAUGUUGGAGCAUGUCUGUAUUGUGUUGGUCCUAUUUGCACUAGAAAAAGAUCAUGUAAAAGGUAAUAAACAUGACU